AUGAACAAGGUUGUGGCCUUGGAAGAGGACCUGAGGCACCCGCAUACCCUAUCGGCUGAGGAUGUCUUGGCCCACUUCCACGUCAGUUUGGAGACCGGGCUCACCCACAGUCAGGUGCUCCAGCAAAGGCUGCGCCAUGGCCCGAACGAAUUGGCGGAGGAGGAGAAGAAGUCCCUUUGGAAGCUGAUCCUGGCUCAGUUCGAAGACUUGCUAGUGCGAAUCCUGCUGGUCUCUGCGGUGGUCUCGUUCGUCUUGGCUGCGCUGGACGAGAAAAGUAGCGAGGAAGGGAUCACUGCAUUCGUUGAGCCGCUCGUCAUCCUCCUCAUCCUCAUCGCGAACGCGUUCGUUGGUGUUUGGCAAGAGUCCAAUGCGGAGAAGGCGCUGGAUGCUUUGAAAAGGCUACAACCCGACACGGCAGCUGUCCUUCGUGAUGGGUGCUGGACAACCGUGAAUGCAGCUGGCCUUGUUCCUGGGGACGUAGUACAGGUCAAGGUUGGUGACAAAGUUCCAGCAGAUCUUCGCGUCGCAACCCUGAACAGUACGACAAUUCGCGUCGAGCAGUCGCAGCUAACGGGCGAAUCUCAAAGCGUUUCCAAAGACCCGGCCAUGUGCCUGCCUCUAGAGACCAUCAUCCAGGGCAAGGUAAAUAUGCUAUUUGCCUCUACGACGAUUUCCAAUGGUGCGUGCAUGGGUGUGGUCACUGCAACGGGAAUGGCGACUGAAAUCGGAGCGAUCCAGGAUGCCGUGCAGCUGGCAGCGGGCGAAGAGGCGAGUAGGUUUGAGUUCGUCAUCUUUGAUCAGGAGCAGACACCCCUGCAGCAAAAGCUGGACGAUUUCGGCAACUUGCUGGCCAAGGUUAUCUUUGCUAUUUGCCUCUUGGUGUGGCUGAUCAAUUACAAGCACUUCUUCGAUCCCGUCCAUGGAUCCGUAAUCCGCGGCUGCAUUUACUACUUCAAGCUGCUUGACUUCAUGAGCAGGCUCAGCCUUCUGAUGAAGCAGCUGGAGGUUACAAUGGACAACUUCUCUGUUAGCCAAGCUUGGGCAGCCUACAAUGCCAUGCUGGCAUUCCUGGUGGUCUUCCGGACCACCCAGGCAUAUUCCAGAUACUGGGAAGGUGCCACGAAAUUGAAGCAAGUGAGGGGGGAGUGGUUCGGUGCCGCAUCCAGCCUCUUUGCCUUCUGCAGCAGAAAAGAGGAGAAGGAGGACGAGGUGGCAAAGUUUCAGCACCUGCUGGUCCGACUGGUAUCCAUGCUUUGGGCUACAGCCUUGGAGCAGCUAGCAGGCCAUGAUCUGGGCUUCGAGGUUUUGGAUAUCUCCGGACUCAGUUCAGAGAGUGUUGCCUACGUGCGGCAGCAGGAAGAUAAGUGCGAGGUCAUACUGCAGUGGAUACAAGCUGCUGUGGUCAACCACAUUGAUUCGCACGUUCUGGACGUUCCGCCCCCCAUCAUCACGCGAGUCUUUCAAGAGCUGUCGCGGGGACGUGUUUCCCUGGAGCAGGUUCAGACAAUCAUAGAUGUGUCCUUCCCUUUCCCAUAUGCGCAGAUGAUAGCUUUCGCUCUGAUGGCGAACAGUUUAAUUAUGCCCGUGCUUUGUGCCUCCGCGAUGGAGUCGGAGGCAUGGUGCUGGGGCAUCACGACGAUUAGCAUCACUGCUCUUUGGGGAGUGAACUAUACCGCCGGCGAACUCGAGAAUCCGUUCAAUGAUGAUUGGAACGAUUUGCCUUUGAGGGACUACUGCGAGGAGAUGAAUCGCAGCUUGUCCAGGCUGCUGCAGCCCGUGGUUUGCAGGUGUCCAGAGCUCGAGCUGGCAGACUACAGCAGCGUGAGGACGCAGAACUGGGGCCUUGCGAACAGGACGGCGGUGGAGAAAGAUGUGCGGGCAAAGUCGGCCUCGACAGCAAAGCAAUCACAGAUCACCUUGCGCCAGCGAUUCCUUCGCAGCCGGAAGAAGAAGGGUGCCCAAAGCACCGCAAGCAUGAGCACAGCAAGCUUGGUGGACGAGAACACCCUCCUAACAGAUAUCCUUGCAGCGGAGAACUCGACUGCCCCCAGCGUACCAUCCGAGCUUGCCGUUGAAAAGGCUGCAGAUGCCUCGGCUUCGAGCACUGGCUCUGUGAUCGGCAAGCCCGCAGAAGACUCCGAGCCAGGAGAUUCCAAGGAGCCGGUCCAGCCGGUCGCCAUCGAGGUUGACCCAGAGGAGGCGGAGACAGAGACCGCGGAGAUCGAAGCUACGGCAGCUGCGGUUACUCCGAAAGCUCCUUCAAAGAAGGGCCUGGCCGCAAAGAAGGCCGCUGAGCCCAAGCGGAAGUCGGCCGACCCCAGCUCGAGCUCGAAGGACAAAGGAGGCCCAACCCAGAAGUCCAGUCCCGGACAGCUCCAGAAGAGCAGGAGACAGACUGAGGGAGAGAAGAUGCUGAACAAGUGCACAAGCGAGAUGGCGAAGAAGAUCCUUGGUUGCGCGCUUUCUCCACCGCAGGGCUUGCAAGCCCAGCUGUAG